AACCUAUAUAAAGAGCUUAUGGCAUGUUAGCAGGAAAAAAUCCAUGUUACUUACAUUUCUUAAGCAUUAUAGUUUAUACGAAUACAUUCUAGUUUUCAGUCAAAAUGCCGAAAAAACGAUUCAAUUGGAAAUCUAGAGAGGUGAAUCAAAUAAUAAUAGAUGAUUCAGAAACGUCAAAGUUGAAUAUUGACUUAAAAGCCGAAGGACACUAUGAUGACGCAAAUAAAUUGUGUUUACCCUCACAAAAAAGAAAAACCAAAAUAAAGAAGCAAAAGGGUCCAACUGUUAUUUUAUCAAAAAAGAGAAGAAAGCAGUUAGAAAAAAUUGUCGAAAAAAAGAAGAAAAAAGAAAACAGAAAACAAAUUUUGGAAGAAUUACAGAAAUAUAGAAUACCUGAAGAAGAGCAGAAAAAGUUGGUCUCCUUGUCUUCAAUUCAAACUAAAGGAAUUAAACGCAUAUUUCUGGAGGAGAGAAAAGCAAAUGCUCCUCCGAAAAAACGGAAAUUUAAUAUAGACGAGGAGAAUUUAAGUGAUAAUACUGAAAAUACUAUUUCAUUAGAUACUCCUGCCGAAGAAACAACUAUCCCUAUAAAGAAAUAUGAUCCAAAUAAUGUUAAAUUAUCUGACUUUGAAUUGAAUGAUAUAGAAAUAGAAUCAAGUGAUGAUGAAAUAGAAAUAAAAGUUGAUGAAUCAGAAAUAAAGCAACCUAUAAUGGAAGAAAAAAUUGUUGAAUCACAAAUAAACCAACCUGUAAUAGAAAUAAAAGAUGACAAUACAGAGAAUUCUAAAUGUGAAAAGAGAAAUGAGAUCACUGUGAAGAAAGAGAGUAAACCUGCAGUAUUUGUGGACGUGAUCAGGGAUUCAAAAAUACAAAAACAAAGAAUGAAAUUGCCAAUUCUUGCAGAAGAACAACAUAUUAUGGAAGUAAUCAAUGCAAAUUCUAUUGUAAUAAUUUCUGGAGAGACAGGAAGUGGUAAAACUACACAAUUACCACAGUUCCUUUAUGAAGCAGGUUAUGCUCUUGAGAGACAGAUUGGAGUAACUGAACCAAGGAGAAUAGCUGCCAUCUCUAUGUCAGAGAGGGUGGCUAAGGAAAUGAGCUUGAGCUCUAGAGAAGUUUCUUUCCUAAUUAGAUUUCAGGGAAAUGUAACUGAAGAUACUAAGAUCAAGUUUAUGACGGAUGGUGUACUACUGAAGGAGAUACAAAGUGAUUUCUUGCUUAAUAAGUACAGUGUUAUCAUUCUAGAUGAGGCCCAUGAGAGGUCAUUGUAUACUGAUUUAUUAGUUGGUCUUCUGGCGUGGAUCAUCAAACUCCGAGAAAAACGUAAUAUUCCUUUGAAGCUUAUUGUUAUGUCUGCCACUCUCCGAAUACAGGACUUCACUGCCAAUCAAAGACUCUUUAAGACCCUUCCACCAGUGGUAAAUGUGGAGAGUCGUCAGUUCCCUGUAACUAUACAUUUCAACAGGCGCACCGAUGAUGAUUACUUAAAAGAGGCUUUCAGGAAGACGGUUAAGAUUCACUCCACAUUACCCGAAGGGGGAAUCCUGAUAUUUGUGACAGGACAGCAGGAGGUCUAUCAUCUAGUGAAAAAGCUGAAAAAGAAGUUUCCAUACUCGCAGUCGAAUAAAAAGGCAGUAAAGGCCAAAGUAGAGGAAGAAGAAGAUGACGAUUGUGAGGGAAAGAAAAAGGGUAAAAUCAACAGGAAAAAUAAAAUAAUCUUGCCGCGCAUCAAUUUGGACGACUACAGCUUGCCCAGAGAUGCAGAAGUUGUGUCCGAUGACGAAGAUGUUGAUGACGCCAUCGACGUUGAGUCAGAAGAUGAGACUACUACUGAUGAUGCUGUCUGCCAUGGGCAGCCGUUGUGGGUCCUGCCGCUUUUCUCCAACCUUCCUAUUCACAAACAGAACAAAAUCUUCCAGCCGGCACCGUCAGGCUGUAGGGUAUGUGUGAUCAGCACCAAUGUGGCAGAGACAAGUUUGACCAUUCCCGGUAUCAAGUACGUCGUGGAUACUGGAAAGACAAAAGCCAAGCUGUAUGACAAAGUCACAGGUGUGUCCACCUUUAGAAUUUGUUGGACGAGCAAAGCUUCGGCCGAUCAGAGAGCAGGAAGGGCAGGUAGGACUGGUCCAGGACAUUGCUACAGACUCUAUUCAAGCGCCGUUUUCAAUGAUACUUUCGUUGAUUUCGAGGAGCCAGAAAUCAAGAAGGUGCCCCUGGAUGACCUGGUACUUAGGAUGCGUAGCAUGCAGAUAACGAAUAUUCUAAACUUCCCAUUUCCUACCGCACCGGACCUUCUGCAGCUGAAAACCGCCGAAGCCAGGUUGAAGAUACUCGGCAUCUUAGACGAGGACGGUAAAAUUACCAAACUGGGAAAAAUAGUGUCAAAGUACCCACUGUCUCCAAGGUUUGGCAAGAUGGUAGCGCUCAGCUUUCAGCAAGAUAUCGUUGCCUAUACACUGAUCCUGGUGGCGGCGCUUUCUGUUCCUCAGCUUCUGCUUGAGGGAUCGAAGGAGGGCGAAGCUCAACGGUGGACAGCGACCCGGAUCAAGUGGGCGGGUUCAGGAAACUCUUAUUUGUUGGGUGACAACAUGGUAUUGAUGACCAGCGUCGGUACCGCAGAGGUGGCCAAUGCACAAGGAAAACUGGAUCUAUUCUGUCUCGAUCAUGGCAUUAGGCAUAAAGCUCUGACUGAAGUGCGCAAGUUAAGGAUACAAAUGACUAACGAAAUAAACACCAACAUCCCUGAAGCAGACUUGGUGGUAGACCCCAAACUGCCGCCUCCCACUGAUCAUCAAGCCAAGAUGCUGCGUCAGAUACUGCUGUUAGGUUUGGGAGAUCAGGUGGCCAGAAAGGUGACUCUUGAUGAGGUACCAACUGGAGAGAGCAAGUCCAAAUAUAAGUAUGCUUACAAAGUUGGUAGUAUGGAAGAUCUUGUGUUCUUGCAUAGAACCUGCAUAUUAAAGAGAACCCUACCUGAUUGGGUGAUAUAUCAAGAGUUAUAUGAAACAAAUAAGGUGUACAUGCGUGGUGUAACAGCUAUAGAAGUCGAAUGGUUACCUCUUUAUUACCCCAAUCUUUGUCAGCUGAAAAUUCCUGAUUCUGCAAGUUACGAUGAGGGUAAGGUUAUGUGUUGCGUAGACGGAACCUUUGGUAGUCAAGCGUGGCCUUUGAGACGUGUUAGAAUUGAGUUUCCUGAGACAGAGGAGGCAUAUAGAUGGUUUGCCAAAUUUUUACUGGAAGGAGAAGUGGUAGAGAAACUGAAAAAGUACACGUCUCAUCUGUUGAGUUCUCCUGCCAUAAUGAUAAAAAAAUAUGCGAAGUUGCAGCCAAGAACCAAUUCGUUAACUAAUGCAUUAAUUGAAAGGAAGGUUAGGAGAAAAGACACAUUGUUGGAAGUGUGGAAGGACAACUCUAGUUAUUUGUUGUCGGAGUUCUUACAAUGGGUUCCCCAAUCGUUACACGCCGACAUAACAAUUAUGUGGCCCCCUGUUGAGAAAUGUUCAACGUAAUUUGAAGUAAUUUAUUAUUUGUAAAUAUUUGUAAAUAUUAAAAAUAUUAUCUAAAUA